AUGGACCCCCUCACCCACGCUCUGCAGGCCAUCGACGCCCUGCACAGCGCCGACCCCACCACCACCGCAACCGGCACCCCCAACGAACUCCACUACGCCCAGCGCAUGACCGCCUGGCUCUACCGGCACAUCGCGGCCCCGGAGUCCCCCUCCGCAGCGCUCCAACUCGCCAUCCGCGCCCAGCACCUCAAGCGCUGGGAGGUGCCGCGCGCGACCUACCCGGCCGGCAAGGCGGGGUACUACGCGUGGCGGACGGGGCUGGCGCGGCGGCAGGCGGCGCUGGCGAUAGAGGUGUGCGCGGCGAGCGGGAUCGCGGAGGCCGAGGCGCAGCGCGUCGGGCGGCUGAUCCGGAAGGAAGGGCUGAAGGGGCAGGAGGUGGACGCCGAGGCGCAGGUGCUCGAGGAUGUGGCGUGCCUCGUGUUUCUGGAGGAGCAACUCGAACAGUUCCAGGGCGGGUAUGAGGAGGACAAGGUCGUGGCGAUCCUGCGCAAGACGUGGGGGAAGAUGUCCGAGCGCGGGAGGGAGUUGGCGUUGACGGAGGUUAAGUUGGGGGAGAGGGGGCGGGAGUUGGUGGGGUUGGCGCUGGGGGAUUCUUAG